UCCUAUGAGGAGCGCAUGGCUCGACGGUUGCUGGGUCCAGAUAACGCUGCCUCUGUCUUUGACUUUGAGAAUUCCUCCGACUCACAACUCGACCAGCCAGGAUCACCAGAGGGACGUAACACUGGAGGAAUAUGGGGAAAACACCAUUCUGGUACUGAUGGCAACGAGGGCUCGGCCAUCCAGGAGAAAUGCUAUGCCCCACGUUUCAUCCAGGUCCCUAAGGACCUUACAGUGGAGGAGGGCAGGUUCUGCAGGAUCGACUUCAAGGUGGGAGGUCUGCCCACCCCAGAUGUGACCUGGUAUCUCGACGGGAAGGCCAUCCGCCCGGACGACUACCACAAGAUGCUGGUGUGUGAGAAGGGCAUGCACUCCUUCAUCAUUGAGAUUGUGACUGUGCAUCAUGCCGGUGUCUACGAGUGUAUGGCCAGAAACCGCGCUGGGGAGAACCACUUCUACAUAAAACUGGAGGUUAUCGCCCAGGAGAUGCUUCGCCCCCCCACUUUUGUCCAGAAGAUGCUGAACUCUCGUGCCCUGGAGGGGGACACAGUGAGGUUAGAGUGUAAGGUGGCUGCCUCCCCUCCACCAAAGCUCUUCUGGAAGAAGGACAAAGACAUGCUGCGCAUUGACCCCACCAGGAUGAGCCUUUACCAGGAUGGUACUGGAAGUCAGUGCCUGCUCAUUGAGAGGCUGGUCAAAUCUGAUGCAGGCUGGUACACCCUGUCUGCCAUCAACGAGGCCGGCAUGUCCACCUGCAAUGCCAGACUGGACGUAGGAACUCGCACCAACAAGCCUGCCCCCCCUACAGGCAAGCAUUUUAAAAUCCCCCUCAGCCAUCUCCCCGUCCUGACUCCAGACCCCACCCCCCAGCACACGGCCCCCCUGUACGAGAGCGAGGAGCUCUAG